AUGCAAGCCCCCAAUAUCUACCCCUUCUCUCAAACACAGCCACAAGCACUGCCCGGGUUCACAUACGGUCCUCCACAACUUGUUUUUGACCAUUCUGCUCCGAGAGUAGAUCCUUUGCAUUCUACUGUAACUAUAAAUUCUCCAUUACCCUUGCAGCAUUAUAAUGGACCGAAUGCCCAUAUAAACAGCGCAAACAACAACUACGCAUACUACUAUCAUCAUCCCAACAAUAAUGAUAACAACAACCAUAGUAACAACACUAUAAAAAAUAACAACAUUAAUUCUGUUCUUCCCGCCGUUAAUAUUCAAAUAUCCAACAACUCACAUUAUAGAAAUACACACCAAAUUCCUUCUGCUCCUCAGCGGCUGGUCAGCAUCAUACCGGAUCCCCACAUGCCGCCCAAUAUUUCUCACUUUCAGCUAAAUAAUAUUCACCCUCAAAUGCAUGCUCCUGUUGCUACUGAUAUUCAUUUCCAACAAGUACCAGUUUACAAUAAAACCAAUAAUGGCAUUGGUACUGAUAACAUUAAUAACGAUAAACCCGUAAACUCGAAUCAGAAUGAAGUGCUGGACAAUAUUGAUGAACGUUCCUGUCAUGAAAUUAACAGGGUAGUUUCAUUUUCUAAACAUUUUGAAAACAACGAACUUACCACUACAGCAAAUGAUCUAAACAUUCAAUCUACUAUGGAUGAAUUAGCUAAACUGAAAUCUUUAUCAAAUUCUACCCAUUUCAGGCAGAGUAUUGCUACUCAGAAUUUCCAUUCUUUACAAAAUCAUAUCACAACCAUCGAAAACCGUCUGGCUUCUUUACUUACUGACAGACAACAAGAGCAGCAACAGUUGAAGCAGCAAGAGUCUGAAAAGGAGAGCUCUUCACCGUUUUCCAAUAAGAUAAAGUUACCUUCCUUACAGGAAUUAACUGACUCCAUCUCCACCCAACAUCUUCCAACAUUCUAUGACAAUAAAAGGCAUGCUUCGGAUACCGAUUUAAAGAGUAGCACCUUACAUGGUCCAUUAUAUCACCGUCACGCUUUUCUUUCAACCUCUUCUUCCUCACCCUCCCCCACGGCCGGUUCCGCGCCUCUUCAAAAGUUACAGGUUCCAAGACAAGACGAUCCAAACGAUAAGAAAAUGAAUAUUUCAUCAUCUCCCUUCAAUUCAAUAACCUACAUUCCAAACACUACGUUAUCUCCAAUGGUGCAAACGCAGUUAAAGAACUUAACCACUUCUAACCUCAACACGAAAAAGAAGAAUAACAGAGGCAGACCAAGAGCUAUUCAGAGACAACCCACGCUGACCACUUCCAGCCAUUUCAUCAAUAAUUCCAAUCCUGGUGCUGCUGCAGUUUCAACGACAACUCCCGCCGCUAAUAGCGAUGAAAAGAAUCCUAAUGCAAAAAAAAUCAUCGAGUUUUGUUUCCAUUGCGGGGAGACCGAGACUCCAGAAUGGAGAAAGGGACCAUAUGGCACAAGAACUUUGUGUAAUGCCUGUGGGUUAUUUUAUAGGAAAGUCACCAAGAAAUUUGGCUCAAAAAGCAGUAAUUUGUUGUUAAGAUAUAGAAGAUCUAUUGAUUUAGCCAACGAUCGUAGAAUUCCUGAUUUUAUCACUAUUCCAAACAGGUUUAUUCAUGAUAUGGAUAAUGAUCAAACGUUGGACUCUGAGUAUAAUACGAUAUUGCAAUAA